GAAGCUCUAGAGCUUCGUUCAAAAGAGCUUGAGAGCUCGAUGCAGGAACACCUUCUUCUCUUCUUCAUCUACAAAUCAAUCUCCACAGACAAUUUCAAUCUUCCUCAAAACCAAUCACCUUUAUACCAACAACCACAAUGGCCUCCCGCAACGCUGAAGCUGCUUCCAACUCCAACCCUGAUGGCUUCCACGCCUCAGCUCCUAGAGAUGAGCCUUUAAUGUCUUCUGGCCACCAGCCUGGAAAGAUGGUCGGCAACGACGCCGCUCCUGAGUUCCACGCCGAGAUCCUCCCCGCUGGUACCGCUCCUCCCGAGCACACCUUCCAGCCUGACUACCACGCUGAGAACAUCGCUCAAGGCGGCAAGGCCUCCGACACCAUUGGCGGUGCCACCUCUGCUCAGGUCCACCAGGGUCUCGGUCAGCCCAUCCAAGGCCAAACCUCUUCCGAGUUGAGACACGACGGCCAGUCCCACAAUAAGAACCCCGGCACUGGUCUUGACGGCCUCAAGUCCGGCGCUCAGGGCAAGACCGUCGACUCUCGCCUUCCCGAGCACGCCGGCCAGCGCAACCUCGAGAGCGACGAGGCUCAGGGCGGCACCCGCAGCAACGUCCCUUCCGCCGAGGAGAGAAUCCCCGACUCUGCUUAAAUGCGGAGUUGCUUUCUCUGCCCCUUUUUUCCUUGAACAGACCUGUUUCAACGAUCAAUGAUACCAAUGCCUCCGAUUAUGUACAAUUAGUUUAGCAUCCACACAGAAUGUGGCUACUCGGUCUUGAUGGCCAUGAGGAAUGUGAAAUACAC